GUGCGCAUGUGUGUGUCCAAGGUGUGUUGGUAUCUUUAUUGCGCCCGCGUCGAGUGCGCGUUUCCGCGCAGCCAAGACACGCGGGUGUGUGAACACACGCACACACACCCCCUCCAUACACACACACGCACACACCAUGAUCACACGCGUGAGAUCGGCGGUCUCCAGCAUCAUCGGCGGCAUCAUGGCCUCGAGCUCCGGUGGUGAGGAGAGUCUCGCGGAUCUGCCUCUCCGGUUUCCGUACAGCAGGCCGGAUUUCCUCGCGCUGUCGCCGGAUGAGGUUGAAUGCUCGGCGGAUCACAUCUCAAGACCCAUCGUCAUCCUAAAGGACACGAAGCUGCCCUGGACCACCGGAUACGCCGAAGUGAUCAAUGCAGGUAAAAGUGCAUUGAAUGAAGACCAAGCAUGUUGUGAAGUGGUGGAGCUCAGAAAAAGACCUGCAGACCCAUCGAGCCCCAAUUACACUCCAACCAGCAGGAGGCGCUCCUCCCUGCCCGGUGCUGAUAUAUUGGAGACCGUCGAGAACGCAGAGCUCAAAGAGCUGAACUUCCACUACUGGGGUCUGUUCGACGGUCACGGAGGUUUCGGCGCUGCUAUUUUUGCUUCCAAAUUCCUCCACCUUCACAUCGAGGAGCAGCUCCAAGAGGUGCUGGAGAUCUUGCAAAACCCAUCACUACAACCACCCACCUGUCUGGGAGAGGAGACCACCUUACAUCACCUUCACCCCGCUGCCGCCUGCUCUCAGCGAGGCCUGUCUAGGGCCGCAUCUCUUCGUGGGGCCGCCGGGGCCCCGGGGUCUCCAAACACGAUGGCUCCACGCUUCUUCAUGGAGAAGAAAAUUAAACAGGAGAGUCUGGUGGUGGGAGCUAUUGAGAACGCAUUUAAAGAGAUGGAUGUACAUAUAGGCCGAGAGAGAUCUGUGUAUUCGAUCUCGGGUGGAUGUACAGCUCUUGUGGUGAUGCAUUUACUGGAGAAACUGUAUGUGGCCAACGCAGGUGACAGCAGGGCUCUCAUCAUACGUGGUGGAGAGAUUAUUCCCAUGUCCAACUCUUUUACUCCGGAGUCGGAACGUCAGAGACUUCAGUUCCUGGCUCAUCUUCAGCCGUCUCUGUUAGGAAAUGACUUCACACAUUUAGAGUUUCCUCGAAGAGUCACAAAGAAAGAAGUUGGGAAGAGGAUGUUAUACAGAGACUUCACUAUGAACGGAUGGGCAUAUAAAACAGUCCAGGAAGACGAUCUGAAGUUUCCACUCAUAUAUGGAGAAGGAAAAAAGGCUCGGGUUCUGGCCACUAUCGGCAUCACGCGCGGUCUCGGUGAUCACGACCUGAAGGUUCACGACUCAGACAUCUUCAUCAAACCGUUCCUCUCCUGUACUCCAGAGGUGAAGGUCUAUAACCUCUCUCAGUAUGAACAUGGCGCUGAUGAUGUCAUGGUCUUGGCUACAGAUGGCCUUUGGGAUGUUCUCUCCAAUCAGGAAGUGGCAGAGGCUGUCUCUGGUUUCCUUGGAAACUGUGACCCUGAUGACCAACACAGGUACACCAUGGCAGCACAGGACCUUAUCAUGAAGGCCAGGGGCGUCUUGAGAGACCGAGGCUGGAGAAUAGCUGGAGACAGACUGGGCUCUGGAGACGACAUCUCGGUCUUCAUAAUCCCUCUGAUGCACAGCAAUAAGCAAACCCAACUGAGCUGACCAAUCACGAAGCCAAAUCUGUUCAUUCCCAACCUUUACAGAGUCACACAGCGAUCCGCUGGAUUGAAGAGAUACUGCUGUGUGUUUGACCUCAGUUAAUGAUCUUGACUUUUAAGACCUGGUUAAAGUGAACAGCUGCUCUGAAGACCCACAGCAAUAUUUCAAACUUCUCUCUCUCUCUCUCUCGGUGUGUGUCUGUGGGAUUUUGGUAUACAGUUUAAGUUAUAAGUUUGCACAAUGUCUCCAGGAGGCUCUGCUGGUUCUUUGAAGUUCUCUGUGGACAGAUGUGAACCCUCCACAGAUUGUUUAUUCACAGAAAACUCAUUUGGCAGCUAGGCGGAACCGGCCAUGUUUUGUUUUGCGUACAGGAUAUUCAUUUAUCUUCUCCAUUUUGCGUUUGGUAAAAAUCAAAGCAACUCUUGCUGUAACUUGUAUAUCCUGACUGGAUUACUCUUUAAGAUAACGGACAGACAUUUUUGAUGAUUUUGCUCUUGGGAUCCACUGAGAGUCAAGUUUAGGCCCAACAUUGUUAAAUACAUUCAAAUUAUUUAAGGAAAAAAAUUAAUUUGUUGUUAGAUGUUCAUGGUUAUUAAGUUAGGAAUAUCCAAGAAUGAUUUCUGUGCCUCCUUCAGGAUGUUUUUUAGUAAAUGACUGCUUUGAUUUUUAUACACAUGAACUCCUACCUGCAAUCUGUUCUCCAGAGCUCCUGUGUGGAGGUCCGAUGAGCUCUGAUCUACGUGCAUCAUGUUCACAGUAUCAUCUUCCUCUUCUACAGCACAAACCCGCUGUGAUCGUCUGAGGAGAUUCACAUCUAUACACACAAACUCCUCAUGAGCGGCCAUCUGCUCACCACAACACCAGAGUCAUUUGGCCGGAGAUGUGAGUCUGUAUGUGCGUGUUGUGGGUGGACCAAACUGCAAGGCCAUAGCAUGCGUACUAAAGAAGAGCUGUCUGGGUUGUGCACAAACACACACGAAAUGAUUCAUAAACUCCUUGUGUAGCUCCAUUAAUGUUGAAUAAUGUCUCAUUAAAGAAAAUAAGAAAUGAAA